AUGCCCGCCCGAUCCUCCGGCCGCAUCGAGAAGGCUCGGAAGAGCAAGAACUCGACUCCCCACCAGAAGAAUCACCGCUGGGAGUCGUUUUCGACCAAGAUUGCAAAGUUCAACUCGCUGCAGCCGCUGCGCAAGGUUCGCCGACAUGACCUCGAGACCGAAGACCUUGCCUCGACGACGUCCUAUCUUCAGAAUGGACUGCAGAAAUGGAGCGAGCUCAACAUCUCGAAGCCUUUUUCCUCGUUCAAGAGGGAGGUGCUCCCGCUCUGCGACAGCUUGCCGCAGAUUCUGCACUUUGAGGAGCGAAUCAUGGCUUCCUUUGUCAAAUACAUUUCGGAGCAGGAUAAAGAAGGGCUGGAACCGCUGCUCGAUUUGUUGACGGCGUUUGCCCACGACCUGGGCAUCCGAUUCGAAAAGUACUUCUCACAGAGUCUGGAACUCAUCUUGGCCAUUGCCGGACGCCCUCAGCCGGUGGAAGUCAUUGAAUGGACCUUUGGUGCUCUUGCGUUCCUCUUCAAGUACUUGUCCAAACUUUUAGUCCCGGACCUCCGACCGACAUACGCCGUCAUGGCGCCGCUUCUCGGCAAAUCCAAACAUCCUCCGUUUAUUGCGCGGUUCGGUGCCGAGGCCAUGAGCUUUCUUGUCAGGAAAGCGGCGGCUCCCUCCCUGCGCGAGACGGCUCUUGUCACUUUCGUCGAGUACGUGCGGGACGAUAUAAGCAAGAUGGCGGAAGACAGGCAGUUUAUGCUGUACAAAGAUGGCAUCAUGACCAUGUUUGCCGAAGCCAUCAAAGGAACAGAUCGAACGAUUCAUUCGGCUGGAUCCGCCAUCUUCCUCGAGCUGGUAAACGCGAUUCCAAAGGAGGAGCGCACACUGGCUGAGAUCACCACAUGGACGGACUUGGUAUGUGGCGUUUUGACCAGCGUCAUUCAUCAUACCGGUGCAGACACGUUCAAGGAAUUUGCAGAGGCAAUCCUUGAUAGAUGUGAUGCCGAGCUGAAGGAGCCUCAUGACGAGGGUUCUCAUUGGUGGAUGGUGCCAUAUGUCAGGAUCCUCGGCGUGCUCGCCGGUGUUCGAAAAGGAAAUCGAAUCAGCGACUGGCCGCGCCUCGUCCGACUCCUUGUUGAGCUCCUCUCAACAGCCACACAGCCUAUCGAUGAAGCUACCGGGAAGAAUGACCUGCUGUGGACGUCGGUUGUUGUCAAUGUGGCAAUUGCCUGCCAUCACGCCCCAAUGGACUCCCUCAUCCCUCAGAUUACCCGUCUUCUCCAAUGCCUGACGAGAGAGCCAUACAUGAGAUUAUUCAUACCCUUUUGUUCUUACUUUAGCGAACUCGAUCCGAGUCGUUUCGGAAGCCUAUUCCGCAGUGACUUCCAGAAAUUCAUUGCAACUCAUUGGUCUCAGGGGCAAAACGAAGACAUGCUGUGCGUGUUGCUGCCAAAGAUUAUCGAAAACCGAGGAUUCCCCUCUGCUGGGGAGAAAGAUUGUUGCAGACUCCCUCAGGCAUGGCAGGAUCAGAUCGUCUCCAAGUUCGAAAGCCUGGAGAUCUCACCUUUCCCCGAAAGAGGGCCCUACGACAAAGACCCCCAAACCUGGAGAGACAGAUGUCUGCCCAAAUACGCCGCUCUGCUCCGAAUUCUCGAGCUGACUUCCGUUCAUCCAUCGACCAACGCACGGAUUGCCGAGCUUCUGUUGCGGAAACUGAAGCUCGCCCUUCGGCCCUCUUCCUCGCUCGCAUCCGACGAGGUCAACUUCAUUGUCAGCCAAGGGUUCCAUGCCUACCUGGGGAUGAGCAAGACAGCAGGUUCCACUGAUCCGAAACUCGCUCCCCUGCUUCGCGCAGCCGUGCCGCGAUUCGCACGAUCUGUGGGCUUCCUUCGGACCUAUCUGGCUUAUGAGCAGACAUUGCCAAACGGGCACGAAGUCGACAAGAACGAUGGUUCCGGUAGCGAUACCCCAAAUUCUGAAGAUGAUCCGGUGAUCCAGUCUCUGGUUGAUAACUUGACCUCGCCAUCUCAUGACAUUCGGUUGGCAUCUUUGGAGCUGUUGAGCAAGAUGACCAACGCGCCGAAACAGUCUCAGUGUGUCGAGAUCAUGCUUCAGAUUGAGCAAUCUCCGUUGACGCUAGACCAUACUCGAUCAAUCGCCAUGUAUCUGCGCAAGCUUGGGCAAGAAUACGGCUCGCUGACAGACUCGACUUGGCUGAAGAAGGGAAUACCAAACUUCAUGUUUGGCAUGCUGACGGUCAACUUGUCACCAGUCUGGGACGAUUCAAUAGAAGCUAUGAAGCAGGUUGCCGAGAGUAAAUCUGGCGAAGAAGCUAUUGCUGCCGCCGCAUUUCGAUGGCUGGAAGUUCCAUCGCCGCGAUGGACACCGCCGCAAUCCGACAGUGGCUCUGCUCGCUCUUUCUACUCGGACUUUGAAUGCACCACUCUGAACUAUCUUCAGGCGGCAGCAAAGAGCGUCCAGGAAGCGUCUGACGGCUCAGAUGAUCUGAUGCUGCAGAAGUUUGAUGACACUCAGCGACUGGUCGAGCCGUUCUCAACAAACGCCAAGGCCCAGGCGCUGAAGGUAUUCAAAGCACUGCCUUCCAUCGCCGAGAGAAGGUCCCGCCAGCUUGUGCCCCAUCUGUUUGCCUGGGCUCGGGAAGAGGACGGUGCACUCGAUGCUCAAGGUGAAGAUGACGCUCAAUCGCAAGCAGCAUUCUGGUCAUUGGCCGACAGAAAGGGGCUUGUCGCUGUGUUCGCGCAGUUCAUCAAUCCGAGAGUCUUGUUCCAGCACGAACAAGUUUACGAGGUCUUGCUGCAACUGUUGGCAAAUGGUGAUCUGGACCUUCAAAAGCUUGCUUUGAAGGCUAUCUUAGCAUGGAAGCAAGAUGGCGUGAAGACGUAUCAGGAGAACCUAGAGUACCUUCUCGACGAAGCUCGUUUCAAGAACGAGAUCACCGUCUUCCUCCAGGGAGACACCGCCAUUAAGCCUGAACACAGAGCCGAGCUCAUGCCGGUUCUCCUUCACCUUCUGUAUGGUCGUGCAAUCUCGAGAAAAGGCGGAGUUGGCGGCCGGCAUGGUCAGCAAACCACCAGACUUGCCAUUCUCAGGAACCUGUCUAUCGAGGAUCUUGGAGGCUUCCUCGACAUCGCUGUGGGCAAGCUUAAGGAUGUGCGCGUGGUUGGGCCAGCGGUGAACCGGAAGAAGCUUUUCGACCAAGAAAUCAUUUCAGUCCGAAAGCAGUUCGGUUUCUUGAACAUGGCCCAAUCUCUCAUCUCGGAGCUGGGCACCAAUGUUACUCCCUACAUGGACAUCCUUGUCAACACGAUUCUGUACUGUCUCGUCUUCUCUUGCAGGCGACUGAGCGGCACGUCUACAGAAGCGGAUCCCGAUGGUCCUGAAGAAGAGGAAAAGGCGAGUGGUCAUUCGCUACUCAGGUCGACGAGGUCAACGGGUCUCAAGUGCUUGAUUGCUCUCUUCCAAAAUGCACAGGACUUUCAGUGGGAGGCUUAUGAGGACAUCAUUCUUGAGGAAGUGGUGGCACCUAGGCACGAGAAUCUGCCAUCCGAGACUGCACAAGGCGUGUCGGGCAUGCUGCAGCUGCUGUCGACAUGGUCCAACCUCCCGAAGGCAGCCCUCUUCCUCGCUCCUCACGGCGAUGUGCUGCCCAAUGGCGUCCUACCAAAGGUCAUUGCUUGCAUAGCCUUUGAGAAAUCGAAAGAGUCCGUCAAAAUAUAUGUUCUCGAGAUGCUGCGCAGCCUGGCCAGGCUGGCCUUGGCUCCUGCUAGCGAAUCCGAGUUCAACGAGGUCAUCAAGGCCGAGCUUCUGGACCCCAACGCAACCGCGAUCCUGGACAAUAUCACUACGGUAUUAAGAACUGGUGAUAUCAGUAACGCAUUACUGGAAGCUGGCAUCGAGACUAUCCUGGCUCUGGCUCCCAUGUUCCAGACUUUGGAAAAUGUUCAAGCAGUCAUUCGAAUCUCCAGCUUCUUGCUCCAGCAACCAGCACGCCGAGUAAAUCCCAAACUCAAGGGCCGGAUUCUCCUGGUCAUCGAGAACUUUGCUUCGCUACCAGACGCUGCAAAGGAUCAGGCGCUGCUGCAAGAGGUGUACAAGACCGUCUCGGCUCUUUUUAGCUAUUUCAAGGAUCGAGAAAAUCGCGCCUCGUUGUGCCGCGUUCUACUGGCCAUUUCGAAGCAGGAUGCCGAGAUUGAGACUGUUGCAAGCCUAUGCAACGAGCUGAACCAGUUCAAGGAGGGUCGCAUUGAUGAGCCGGACUAUGACAGGCGGCUUGCCGCAUUCAGCGCCAUCUCGAGCAUUCACGGUAUUCCAUGGACUCCUAAACAGUGGCUCCCAGUUCUCCACAACCUUAUCUUCUUCAUCCGUAACGAUGAGGAAUUUGGCGUGCUGUCUUCUAACGCCGCUGAUGGCAUUCGACGCCUGAUUCAAGAAGUGUCGGACUGUCAAUCUCAGGAGAUAAAGGCCAUCUUUGACGAUUAUCUCAAGCAGAUACUGAUGCCGUCAAUUUACGGCGGCGCUCGUGAAGAGUCGGAAACCGUGCGACGAGAGUACCUUCGCGUCUUAGGUUUCCUCCUCACUACAAUGCCUGAAUGGGCGCCGGUGGCUGACCUGGGUGGCCUCCUGAACGAGCGUCAGGAGGACUCUUCCGAGCCGUCAUUCUUCUUUGAUAUCCUCAGUCCAGCGACCUCGAAGCAGAUGGAUGCCCUACGAACACUGGAAGCUGCCAACGCAAGCAAGGAGAUGGGCAGCCAGAACCUGACUCAAUUCUUCAUCCCCUUACUGGAGCACUUCAUCUUCGGCAGAGCGGAUGGCGGUGAUGACCACGGACUUGGUGCGCAAGCAGCAAGCACAAUCAGCAACCUGGCCAUGUCUCUCAACUGGAACCACUUCCGCACGACUUUCCAUCGGUACAUUGGUUACAUCGAGUCACGGCCGGAGCAGCAGAAACACACCAUUCGCCUCUUGGGCAAGUUCACGGAUGCCCUGUUGCUGUCGUUGCCCGAGAGUCGAGAUGCCGAAACGAUGGAGGUUGACCAAGAAGAGAGCUCCUCUUCCGCAGUACGGCGCCUGCGACUGAUGGCCCCCAAGGCUGCAGAGCUGUCUACCCAGAUCAACGACUACUUCCUCCCGCCGCUGACCAAGCACUUGCACCAAAAGGACGAAUCCGAGGUCAGCUACCGUGUCCCCGUCGGUAUCACCAUCAUCAAGCUCUUGAAGCUGCUUCCCGGUCCCCAGAUGGACCAGAAGUUGGCUGGCGUCCUGACCGACAUCUGCCACAUCUUGCGCAGUAAGUCGUGGGAGGCGAGGGAGAUGACACGAGACACCUUGGUCAAGAUUGCCGUUCUUCUGGGUCCUACCUUUUUCGGCUUCAUCUUGAAAGAGCUUCGGGGCGCCCUCACCAAGGGCUACCAGCUUCACGUUCUCUCAUACACUGUGCACUCCAUCCUGGUCCAUACCGUUCCUCAAUUCGCGCCUGGCGAUCUCGAUCACUCGCUUUCUGCAAUUGUCAACGUGAUCAUGGACGACAUAUUCGGAGUUGUCGGUCAAGAGAAGGACGCCGAGGGCUACGUCAGCCAGAUGAAGGAGGUUAAGAGCAGCAAGAGCCAGGACUCGAUGGAACUGAUUGCCAAGAAUGCAUCAGUCAGUCGCCUCAUUGAGCUUGUGCGGCCAUUGCAGGCUAUGUUGAUGCAGAAGGUGGACCUGAAGAUUGUUCGCAAGAUUGACGCCCUCCUGACUCGCAUCACCGCGGGACUCUUGCAGAACCCGGCCGCCGAGAGCCGUGACACUCUGGUAUUCUGCUACGAGGUCAUUCAGGAGGUGUACAAUGCACGGAACCCAGAGGCCGAACCCAAACUGGACUGGAAGACGCGAAGGUAUCUGGUUCAGCGAGGAGCCAAGAAGAGCGGCGACCGAGGCCAGACCAGCAAGCAUACGUAUAAGCUGACUCGCUUCGCAUUCGAGAUGCUGAGGUCGAUGCUGAAGAAGUACGAUAGCCUGCGAAUCCCCGAGAACAUUGCUGGUUUUAUUCCUAUUAUUGGUGAUGCCAUUCUCGAAGGCGAAGAUGAGGUCAAGAUUUCGGCAUUCCGACUCUUGGCAGUCAUCGUCAAGGUGCCCCUUGGAACGAAUGAUGGAAUCAACAUCUACAAGAUUGCCGUCAAAGAGGCUACAAGGUGCAUCUCCAUGUCUACGUCGACUACGACCGAGUUGGCACAAGCAGCGUUGAAGAUGCUUGCUGUCGUGCUGAGGGAUCGCAAGGAUAUUGAGAUCAAGGACGCUGCCAUCGACAUGCUGCUGGGCAAGCUGAAGGACGACUUUACGGAGCCGCUGUACCGACACAUUACUUUCAACUUCCUGCGCUCUGUGCUGGAUCGCCGCAUCGAGACCGCCACGGUCUACGAUACGCUGGACCAGGUCGGCACGGUCAUGAUCACCAACGACGACAAGGACACGCGAGAUCUGGCACGAGGCGCCUUCUUCCAGUUCAUCCGAGACUACCCCCAGAUGAGGUCCCGCUGGACAAAGCAGCUCAACUUUGUCGUCGCCAAUCUCAAGUACGAACGCGAAGGCGGUCGUCUAUCCGUCAUGGAGGUGAUCCACUUGCUUCUGAUGAAGUCGGCCGACGAUUUCAUUCAGGAGAUUGCCGCCACCUGUUUCCUGCCGCUGUUCCUCGUCCUCGCCAACGACGACAGCGAGAAGUGUCGCCUCGCGGCAGAGGCGCUGAUCAAGGAGAUCUUCCGCAAGGCCGACAAGGAGCGAAUGCUUGCCUUCCUGAACCUACUUCGGUCAUGGCUCGGUAAAGACGGCAAUGCGGCGGUCGUCAAGCUUGCCGUGCAGUUGUUUGGCUAUUACUUUGAGUGCAACGAAGAUGCCGCCAAGAACAAGACGGACUUUAAGCUCAUCUUCGACAAGGUCAUGAGCAUCUUGGGCUCUGACAAUGUCCGCGACGUCGAUGGGGGGCUUGUGGGUGCCUCGAUUGGUGUGGUACGCACAUUCACCACGGUCUUCCCUGACAGGACACUGUCUGCCAACAGAGAAGAGCUGUGGGCCAAGCUGCCGCGCUGCCUUGGGCAUAGGGAGACGUCGGUCAAGCUGGCUGCCGUGCAAGUGAUCAGUCUGUAUCUCGCUGAUUUUGCCAAGGCAGGCGCCAGCACCUCGGCAGGUGAGGAUGUGCAAGGGUCUCAUGGCCUGACACUCCGGGCCAGCAACGUGGAAGAGCUCGUCCGUCUCGCACUCAGCGCCCUGAACGGCCACGAGGUUGACGAGGGCCUUGCAAACGAGCUGGGUCAAGUCCUCAUCUUCCUGGGCCCCCGCCUCCCCGUCGGAGAGUCUCCCGAUGAUGCUUCCGAUGCCGAAUCCGAGACGGAGGAGCUGGAAGCCGAGGACAAGGAGGAAGCCAGCGCCAAGCCCAAAGACCUGCAGUACUUGUUCUGGCGCCUGUCUCACAUCCUGCGCAAGGAGAUUCGGCCCACGGCCGUUGCCAUCGCGCCCAAGGUCGUGGCCAUGGAGGUGCUGGAGACUGUCUGCCGCCGCUCCUCGCUCGACCGGCUCCAGCCCUCUCUGCGCACCAUCCUGACGCCGCUGCACCACCUCACCGACCCGUCGAUCCCCGCGCCGUUCAGCAUGGACGAGGUGUUCAAGACGAAGCACGAGGGCAUCAAGACACGGGCGCAGAUCAUGAUGGAUUCCCUGCAGAAGAAGUUUGGCACGGCCGAGUACAGCAAGCAGCUCAUGUCGAUCCGGGAGGAGGUCAAGGCGCGCCGUCUGCAGCGGUCGAGCAAGAGGAAGAUUGAGGCGGUGGCGCAGCCGGAGAAGUACAACAAGGACAAGAGGAAGAAGUUUGAGAAGAACAAGGAGCGCAAGAAGACGAGGUCCAAAGAGCAGAAGUCGAUGCGGCAGGCGUACAAGACGUGGUGA